GAGACCUAAGAGCUAGCGAGUGCUCGCUGUUGGAUCAGUGAAUUAUUUUCUAUUAUAUGAUGUAGAUCAACUUGCUCCAGUGUUCUAGGCUCCCAACUUUAGAAAAUGCUAUCGACCAACAUAUUUUCAACAGUAGUAUUAUCACCAUGGGUUUUCGCCAUCACUGUAUUUAUCCUGAUCGUGUUUAAAUGGACAAGAAAAUCAAAGAAUUUACCGCCUUCCCCUGGCAUUAGUCUACCAAUUAUCGGCCACCUGUAUUUGUUAGACGCCAAGAACUCCAGAAAACAAUUUAAGGAAUGGAGCCAAAAACUAGGCCCAGUGUUUAGUCUAGAAAUGGGACAAAACUCCUACGUUUUUGUGAAUAGUUUAGAGCUGUUGAAAAAAGUUACGAUCAAGCAAGCAGACACGCUGACGGGAAGAACAACGAUUGACUUACAAUCUGCUCAUGUUCCCUCCAGAAACAAUGGACUUUUGUUCUCGGCAGGUCCGCUAUGGAAGGAACAAAGAGCAGUGGCGUUGACCAUCCUAAGAAAUCUCGGCAUGGGGAAAAAUAUACUCGCUGAGAAAAUUUCCGAGGAGGUUUCUGUGUAUCUGAAAGAGUUGUCUUUGUUAAAAGACGAACCGUCUGACAUUAAAAAACUGACAAACAUGAGCGUUUCAAAUGUGAUUUGUUCAAUUAUAUUCGGCCAACGAUUUGACUUUGGUGACUUGCAGUUUCAGAAAAUUGUUGGUAACUUUAAACUAUUGGUAGAAUAUAGUGCUGCAGUCAAUAUUGUAAAUAUUAUACCUUCACUUAUAUAUUUGCCUUUUGACUUCUUUGGAACAAAACGAUUAUUACAAAUUUUAAAAGAAUUUCAAAGAAACAGUGAUUUUAUGGUUGAUAAAAUAGCAAAUGAAUUCAACCCUGAAAUUAGUGAUAAUUUUAUCGUGGCAUACAUUCAAGAAAUGAAGAAAAAAGAAAAAUCCGGCCAGCCGACACAUUUAAGUUAUGAAAACUUAGCUCGGUGUAUUGAUGAUCUUUUUAUCGCAGGGACUGAGACAACAAGUACAACAAUCUUAUGGUGUCUGCUGUACUCCAUUCAUCAUCCAGACCAACAAGAGAAAGUUUACCAGGAAAUUUUAGAGAAGGUUGGAACAGAACGAGCACCUAACAUGAUGGACAAACAGAACUUGAAAUACUUGAAUGCUUUCAUCAUGGAAACACAGAGAAUCGCCAGUGUGGUCCCGGUUAUUGUUUACGAGUGUAUGGCUAAUACAACGUUUGAAACUUUCACGAUUCCAAAAGGCACGCAAAUCGCGUUUAAUUUUGACUCGGUAUUAAAAGAUCAAAAAAUUUGGGGGGAUCCGGAAUCUUUCCGACCGGAAAGAUUUUUUGAUGUUGAUGGUAAUAUCCAAACUCCUGACGAGUUUAUUCCAUUUUCUGUGGGUCGCAGAGCGUGUCCUGGUGAGUCCUUGGCCAAGAUGGAACUGUACCUGUACAUGGCGUCUUUGUUCCAGAAGUUCAAGUUCCUACCAGAAGAUGAGAACAAUUUACCCUUACUUCAAGACACCAUUGGUAUUGUUUCUGCACCACUUCCAUUCCGUAUCAGACUCACAACACGAUAACAUUAGUGGUGUCUUUUAGAAACAAAAGCAACUGUAUAUUUUGAACUUAAUUUCCAAAUGUACAAUUAUUUUCUACUGCAUUUAUAUUGGGCAAUACAUAAUUUAUUUUGCUUAAACAAUGGAUAUUUUUUAAUUUACAUUAAUUGUAUUCUUUUCUACGUUGUGUUCAUGGAGAUUUGUAUUGGCAAUAUUCAUGUUAAUAGAGUGAGUAUAACAUUUUUCAUUAAU